UGGUCUUUUUCUUGUGCGGCGUGGCCGAGAGCGGUCGCCAAGAUGGGAGCUUACAAGUUUGUGCAAGAAAUCUGGCGCAAGAAGCAGAGCGAUGUUAUGCGCUUUUUGCAGCGUCUGAGAUGUUGGUAUUUCCGACAGCUCAACCGAGUUCAUCGUGCUCCGCGACCCACUCGACCGGACAAGGCUCGACGUCUCGGCUACAGGGCCAAGCAAGGGUUCGUCAUCUACCGGACCCGAAUUCGCCGCGGAUGCCGCAAGCGCCAGGUGCCCAAGGGAGCGACCUACGGCAAACCCAAGAACCACGGUGUCAACCAAUUGAAACCGACUCGCAACCACCAAGCGAUCGCCGAGGGACGCGUCGGCAAGCGUGUGAAGGCUCUGGUUGUCCUGAACUCCUACUGGGUGGCACAGGACGCCACGUACAAAUACUACGAAGUCAUUUGCGUUGAUCCGUUCCACAAGGCUAUCCGACGGGACCCCAAGCUCAACUGGAUCUGCAACCCAGUGCAUAAACAUCGCGAACAACGAGGUCUCACGUCCGCUGGCAGGAAGCACCGCGGUCUCGGAAAGGGACGUCGCUACACCAAGACGAUCGGUGGAUCUCGCAGAGCCAACUGGAAGAGGAGGAACACUCUUCAAAUGCGCCUCAAGCGCUAGUCUGCGGAUUGUUGAAGAGAAUAAAUUCUUCGCGUUCUUCCGA